UAAAAUCUAAUGGCCCGCUAUCUUUCAUCAAGUGUUAAGUUUCUUACUCCUUCAGUUGCAAAUGGCAUUUCUCUCUCUAUCAACAUGAAAAUUUCCAGGAUCAUCCCCACACCCCUCUGUUUCUUCCUCUUCUAGUCUUCUUUGUGUGUAUAUAUAUAUAUAUAUAUAUCCAUAUAUAUAAAUCAAAACCCAUUAAAAUCUAAUGGCUCGCCAUCUCUCAUCAAGUGUUAAGUUUCUUACUCCUUCAGUUGCAAAUGGCAUAUCUCUCUCUAUCAACCUGCGAGCUAAAGGUUAUGCGGCAGCGUCACUGUCACCGUCACGGGGAGGAGAACAGGCAGCGGCGAGUGGUGGUGAUGAGGGAAGAUCUAUUGAUCGAGUGGUGGAGACGGUCGAAGAGAAGGAUGUGGUGAUCCCUCACAGUCACAGUCAAGUGUUUGGGUCCACCACUACUUCAUGGGCCCCAGACCCACUCACCGGAUACUACAGACCAGUUGAUCGUGCGGCUCAAAUUGACUCAGUCGAUCAGAGAGAAAUGUUCCUCACUCACAAGGAAAUUAAGCACCCAAACUAAGACAAAUUAAUAUAUAUCUAUAUAUAUAUAUAUAUAAAGGGAUCUCUUCCGGUGGGCAUUGUUGGGAUCCACAAGUCAAUAAUUCAAACGGUUUAUAUUGUCGUAUCUUUUUGUGUAUAUUAUUUAUAAAAAAAUUUAUAUUGAUUUGAUAUUCGUAAUA